AUGCCCGUAAUAAAGGGCCCAUCAUCAGGGGACGCCCCGAGUUCCUACAAGCAGCCUUCCCGAAAGGGCAAGAAGUCAUGGCGCAAGAACGUCGACGUCACAGAGGUUCAGAAGGGUCUUGAGGACCUGAACGAAGAAAUCAUUCGAGGUGGUGUCAUCAAAGAAAAGGAAGCUGCAGACCUCUUCACCCUCGACAUCAAAGGCGACAUCCAGACGGCCAAUAAGAACAAGUCUGCCAAGAAGACUCUGAAGUCGGACGAGAUUCUCGCUGAGAGGUCCUCAGUUCCUGCAGUAGACACGCGCAAGCGCCCUGCUGCGCACUUGACAAAGAUAACAGACGGCGUUGUUUCCACCAAGCGUCACAAGGCCGACUGGGUCUCCCAAAAGGAACUGGGCCGUCUGAAGCGUGUGGCAGAUGGACAGCACGACAACACCGUUGAAGUGACGGAUGCUACGUUUGAUAUCUGGGCGGAAGAUGCCCCGACUGCACUGGAACCUAAGCAGGACCCCAAAUUCGACUUUCUCCCUAAGCAAGCAAAGCCCAAGGCCCCCAAGUCCAUGAAGCAGAAGCCUAUCUCUCUGUUGGCUAGCAACAAGCCUAUCAAGGCGGUUAAGGCGCCUUCGAGUGGCCACAGCUACAACCCUUCCUUCGAGGCUUACGAGAAGCGUCUGAGCGAGGAGGGUGCCAAGGCCGUGGAGGCAGAGCGCAAGCGUCUCGAGCAGGAAGAAGCCGAGCGGGUCAGGGCUGAGGCUCUGGCUCGAUCUGCCACCGAGGCCGAGGCCGCUGAUGCACGUGCCGAACUUUCAGAGUGGGAGGAAGAUUCCGAGUGGGAGGGUUUCCAGAGUGACGCCGAGGGCACUGUCGCCGCGAAGCGUCCAAAGCGCAAGACCCUGCAACAGCGCAAGAGUGCGGAGCGCCGCAAGGCAGACGAGCGCCUGGCCAAGCAUAAGGAGGCCAUGAAGCAGCGUCGCAGACAGGAGAACCGCAUCGCAGAGAUUGCCGAAGAGGUUGCAAACAAGCAGCAAGCACUCCAGACCCUGGAAAACAAGGACUCAGAUGCGGACGACGACGACGACGACGACGACGAUGAGAAGCUGCGCAGGAGGCAGCUUGGCAAAUUCAAGCUGCCGGAGAAAGACCUGGAACUUAUCCUCCCCGAUGAAUUGCAGGGAAGCCUGCGUCUGCUGAGACCCGAGGGCAACCUUCUUAAGGACCGGUACCGCAACAUGCUCCUGCGGGGCAAGGUUGAGGCUAGAAGACACAUUCCCUUCAAGAAGCAGGCCAAGCGUAAGGUGACGGAAAAGUGGACGUACAAGGAUUUUGUCCUUUGA